AUGCCUAACAAGGGGCAGCCUUCGAAGGCAGGUUACUGGUAUUUUGGUGGAGUAGCAAGUGCCAUGGCGGCGGCCUGUACUCACCCCCUCGAUCUGAUUAAAGUCCACCUUCAAACUCAGCAAAAGAGGGAGCUGGGUAUGAUUAGUAUGGGCAUACGCGUUUUCAAAAAUGAUGGCCUCUUUGCUCUAUAUAAUGGGCUUAGCGCUUCUGUUCUCAGACAACUGACGUACUCUAUGACACGUUUUGGAUUGUAUGAAAGUUAUAAAAAUAGCAAGGGCGUUUCAAAGAUGUCAUUUGCUGAAAGUGCCGGAGUCUCUAUGGCAUCUGGGUUUGUCGGGGGUAUAAAUGCAGAACGACAUGAAGGUAUCCGCAGCCCAAAGACGCAAGUAUGCCUUUUAAACAUAUUUUCGGGAAUCGAGAUAUUUCUGAUUGAAAUGUGCACAUUCAUUAUUUACAGUUACAAGCAUGCCAUUGACGGCCUCAUCCGCGUUGCCAGGGAAGAAGGUGCUGUCAAACUGUUUAACGGAGUGACUAUGACAUCUACCAGGGCUGCUUUCAUGACAUUUGGCCAGCUCGCUUUCUAUGAUAAAUUUAAGCAAGUUAUGAUCUUAUCAGGAUAUUUUCAUGACAAUCCAGUCACUCAUGUCUUGGCGAGUGUCAGCGCUGCUGGUAUAGCAACUUGUAUGACCCAACCCUUUGAUGUGAUGAAGACGAGAUUGAUGAACGCUCCUCCAGGCACUUAUUCGGGCUUAGCCAGUUGUGGCCUUGGUUUAAUAAAAGCGGGUGGCCCGCUGGCUUUCUUUAAAGGCCUUGUGCCAGCCUUCAUCCGACUCGGUCCUCACACGGUGCUAACUUUCGUAUUUCUUGAACAGCUCAAACAGAAUUUUGGAUAUAUACCAACUUAA